UCAAAAGACAGUGUGACCAGCACAAAUAAAAUACAUAGCCUAAAAAGUAUUCAUCGCAUCUGGAGAAACAGAAACGUUUUUUGGUUAAAAUUAAUUAAACAGUUAAAAUUUGUUACAAUGUCAACCUCAUACUUCAAAGAUGCAAAUCUUCAAAACGAUACUAAACUAGAAGGAAUGGUGAAGGACUUGCACACAUGCAUUGAGACUUUGGAAGCAGAUAUAAAAAAGGCACUUGUAGCGCAAAAGUCACGCCAUCUGACUACAAACGAUAAAAUUAAACUAGACAGCUAUCUGGCUUACUUGUGCAGUACCCUGUUUUGGAUACAGCUGAAAUUACAAGGAGAAGACGUAUCUAAGCAUGGUGUACUUCACGACUUGUCCCGAGCCAGGGAAAUAAUGGCCCGAGACAAGGAAAUAGACGCCUCCCUCGCAGCCCCACGACUAAAUAUGCCCGCAACGAAGCGAUUUAUUGCCGCUGGCAUGCACACGCGAUUUGUGGACAAUGACGGACACCUGGAAGCUGUACCUUUUAAAAAAGAUCACAAACGCAGCUCGGUCGGAAAUGGACAAUCAAAUAGAUAGCAUAUUAAAAUGUAAAUAAAUAAAUAAUUUUAUAGUAA